AUGAUAUUUAACACGUCCGUAACAUUUCUGCGGAUAGAAGGAGGAUCUUUAAGAGUUAUUCGUGCAAGCGGGGAUGAUUACAGCGUGCACAAGAAGAAACACAAAAAGCACAAGAAGCACAAGAAGAAGCACCAUCGCGACGAUGGCCACAGUUUCUCCUCCGAGGCGCUGGAGUCAGACUCCGGGAUGCUGCUGCUGAAACCUCCUCAGCUCAAGCUCAAGAUCAAACUAGGAGGACAAACUCUGGGCACCAAGAGUGUGCCCACAUUCACAGUGAUCCCGGACUCUCUGCGCUCAGUGUCGCCUCUGAACGUAGAGAGUGAUGAUGAUGAUGAGGAUGAUGAUGACAAUGACUCUGAUGAUGACGUGCCAUCAGAGGGAGUUCCUAUCGAGCAGUACCGAGCCUGGCUGGAUGAAGACAGUAACCUGGACCCGUCUCCUGUGCCGGACUUGGACACGGACUCGCUGCUGGGCGGCCCGAUGGAUGAGGAGGAGCGAUGGCUGGAUGCGCUGGAGAAAGGAGAGCUGGAUGAUAACGGAGAGCUGAAGAAACAGAUCGACGAGUCUCUGCUAACAGCCAGACAGAAAGCGCUCCUACAUAAGCAGCAGAGCCAGCCGUUACUGGAGCUGCCCAUGGGAUACAAGGAGAAGGAGCUGACGGCAGAGAUGAUGCAGAAGCGCGAGGAGCGCGCCCGCAAAAGACGCCUGCAGGCUGCCAAGAAAGCCGAGGAUAACAAGAACCAGACCAUCGAGAGACUGACCAAGACCAGCAAGGCCAAGAUCAAGAGCAUGAAGGAGCGCAGGUCCAAGCAGGCGCAGCUGCCCAUGGUGAGGUACAGCAGUAACGCUCAGGGCACCACCGUCUCGUACCCCGCCGGGAUCCCCGUCCCGACGCCUGCUGCCCCGCCAGAGCCUCCCCCCACGCCCCUGAGCUGCGGCGUGUCCGGAUGCUCCAACCUGAAGAAAUACUCCUGCUCCAGGACCGGGACGCCGCUGUGCAGUCUGGAGUGCUACAGGAAGAACCUGACGCUAGUGCAGGAAGUCGCUUAAAGCACCGUCUGUCAGUGGCGUGUGUUUAAAAAUAGUAGGUCCAUGCAAUUAUGUUGAACAACAGACACAAAAUUCUUUGAUUAAUCGGUGUAAAAUCAUGCUGAAGUUUAUUUUGUGCAUUCAAAGUGCAAUUCAUGAAACACAAGCAGUAAUCUAACUUAAUGUAAAUGUAUUAAUAAAUAUUAUACACACACACAUAUGUACGAAUGUAUACAUCUAUAUAUGCACAC